AUGAAGCUUACUACCAUUGCUUUCGCCGCCAUUGCCGCUGCUGUGACCACUCCCACCAACUUCGAAACCUUCCCUGAAGUUCCGAAGACGGCGCUGAUCAACGGGUUUGCUGAUCCCGUAUACACCGCGGUUGCCGAGUGUGCCCAGGAGUGCCUCGUUGAGAACAAGGACACUGGCAAUACCCCGUGCCCGUAUUGGGACACUGGUUGCCUCUGCGUGAUGUCUCAGUUCGCCAACCCCAUCGCCGAUUGUUGGGCUACCGCCUGUAAGGGUCAAGAGGUUAGCAGGGCUACUAUGGCUGCGUAUCUGGCAUGCCAAGCAGCUGGUGUCUGGGCGCCCUACUGGUUUAUCGGUACUGACCAACAAUCGGACUUGGCUGCUGCUGCUACCGCCACCUAG